AUGAGAUUGGCGAAGCAAAAUGACCAAGCCUUAGUACUGAGCUUUGAAAUCUCUGGCUUGACGCACGUAGGCCACAAAGCACGCGUGGCGCAUGAUGUCAAGAUUGAAGUCAUGAAACUUGCGGACGUCGAAAAGGGCUCGGAGCCGAUGUGUCCUGAACCUGAUGUUCACAUACCCUUGCCUCCGCUACAGAAACUCAGAAUGAUCGUUGAGCGGCUGCGGCCCAUGUCGGGCAUCUUGGCCGUCCGAGUGAACCUCGAUCCAUACCGAGGGAGUGACAGUGGAGACGGAGUGGAAGGAUUGCGUGAACCCCAAAAGAAGAUAAUCCUGACGAACCGCCAGAAGAAGCACGUAAUCCCGAAGAAUUAUUCACGGUUCUCAUGUCCGUCCGAAGUUUCCUCAAAUUUUUCCUUGAAUAGCCAUGUUGUUUCGACUACAAUUGCAUGUAUAUGCCAACACCAUUGUAUGAUCCUCUACGUCUCAUUGGAGAUGUGGCGGAAGCUGGGGGCGGUUCAUCAAGCAGUCGAUGAAGGACCCUCCCCACCCAAGCUCAACGCCUUCAUCAACGGCGAACCAUCAGCCAUGACCAUGGGCACAAGCGGACCUGGCCUCGGUAUCAUAAUGACGCCCAACAAAGCUCAGAGGUAUACGAGGCCGUCGAUUGCGCUUCGAUGGCUAGUGCCACCUCCCUCCGCGUUCCCGUUCUCGAUAGGUGACCUCGCCCCACUGCCGCCGAGUCGGAUGAGAACGUUCAUGUUUUUCCUUUUAUGCUAUCUCGUCCAAGUCUGGUAG